AUGGCCGAGCAGAAGGUUACUCCUUGGGAGGUGGAGGUGGUGUCUACAGACGAAACUCCGGUGGCCAUUGACUACGACAAGAUAGUCAAUCAGUUUGGGUGCGAAAAACUUGGAAAGGAGUUGGUGGACCGCUUGGAAAAGUUGGCAGGAAAGCCUGCACAUUAUUUUUUCAGGAGGGGCAUUGUCUUUGCGCACAGAGACUUCAAUCUUUUGCUUGACGAGAUAUCCAAAGGUAAGGCAUUCUAUCUGUAUACUGGCAGAGGGCCCAGCACCAAGGCCAUGCAUAUUGGACACGUAGUGCCCUUUCUCCUGUGCAAGUACAUCCAGGACACCUUUAAAAUACCUCUCGUGAUCCAGAUGACCGAUGAUGAAAAGUUCUUGUGGAAGAAUAUAAGGCUUGAGGACGCCAUAGAAAAUGGAAAGGAAAACAUCAAGGACAUUGUUGCACUGGGCUUUGAUCCAAAGUUGACGUACAUAUUCUCCAAUGUCGAGUCCUCCCACCACUUCGAGAAGAAUGUUCUAAAGGUAGCGAAAACGAUCAAUCUCAACGAGGCGUCGAAGAUAUUUGGCUUCAACAUGUCAAGUAGCAUAGGCCAGGUAGGGUUUCCAUCAAAGGAGAUAGCACCUUGCUUCUCAAGCUCCUUCAAGUUUAUUCAAGAGGGGGCUAUGUGCCUUGUUCCUGCUGCGGUUGACCAGGACCCAUACUUUAGGCUUGCAAGAGACAAGGCAAAAAUGCUUGGAGAGAAAAAGCCUGCAACCAUGUAUGUAUCACUUCUUCCAGACCUCAAGGGUGUAAACAGAAAGAUGUCUGCCAGCGACCCAAACAGCUCUAUAUACCUGGAUGAUUCCCAGGAAGUGAUUAGGAAGAAGAUCAGUGUGCAUGCAUAUUCCGGAGGUGGAAAGACUCUGGAAGAGCACCGAGAAAGAGGAGGAAACAUCGACGUAGAUGUUCCGUUUGAAUACCUAAAGUAUUUUUUGGACGAUGACCAGGAACUUGAGAGAUACCGAUCAGGAUACAUUAAGGGUGAGAUCACUAGUAAAGAAAUGAAAGAAAAGUGUAUUGCUAUAAUACAGACUUUUGUAUUAAAGUAUCAGGAGACUAGGAAAAAUGUCACGGAGGAGGACGUGAAAGCAUUUAUGGACAUCAAUAAAUUCUAA